GAUGAAGUUUGGCUCGGAAGUUGUGCCAUACUGGUGCUGCAAAUACGGAUUAAACGGAGCAAAGCGGAGUAUUACCUUUAAGUUUAAACCCGUGUAAAGUGUGCCGUAUAAUGACUGUAGGAUAGUCUCGGUUUUGUGCGUUCGGACAGAAGCGGAAGUGUGGUGGGAGAAGUUGCAGCUGAAGCAGGGAUGAAGGAGUUCAUCGUUCCGCUGUGUGUAUGGUGUGUGUGCGCGCUGUACGUGCACUGUCACUCUCCUCCUCAUGUGGUCUUCAUACUGGCUGAUGAUAUGGGAUUUCAUGAUGUGGCUUAUCACGGAUCUGAGAUUAAAACUCCAGUCCUAAACCGGCUGAGCGCUGCAGGGGUCCGACUGGAGAACUACUAUGUCCAGCCGCUGUGUACUCCAUCCAGGACCCAGCUACUGACAGGGAGAUACCAGAUCCACACGGGGAUGCAGCAUCAAAUUAUCUGGCCUUGUCAGCCUUACUGUGUUCCUCUGGAUGAGAAGCUGCUGCCGGAGCUAAUGGCGGAGACGGGUUACUCCACCCACAUGGUGGGCAAGUGGCACCUGGGCAUGUACCGCAAGGAGUGUCUGCCCACUCGCCGAGGUUUCCAGUCCUUCUUCGGGUAUUACACAGGAUCAGAGGAUUAUUACACUCAUCAGCGCUCUUACUUCAUUACCCCACUGAAUGUGACACGCUGCGCUCUGGACCUCCGGGACGGAGAGGACCCAGCACCUAUGUAUAGCGGAGUGUAUUCUACUGAACUCUUCUCAGAGAGAGCAAUCAACAUAAUACGCAACCAUAACACAAAAACACCUCUGUUUCUGUACUUAGCUCUGCAGGCAGUUCAUUCUCCUUUACAAGUGCCAGAGCGCUACACUAAGCCUUACAGCUUCAUUAAGGACAUUUCACGCAGGCAUUAUGCAGGAAUGGUGUCGGCUAUGGACGAAGCGGUCGGGAACAUUACCAAGGCACUAGAGGAUGCAGGGAUUUGGAACAACACCAUCCUUGUCUUCUCAACAGAUAACGGGGGUCAGACACUGUGCGGUGGAAGUAACUGGCCCUUGCGUGGUAGGAAGUGGUCCCUCUGGGAGGGCGGAGUCAGGGGUAUCGCCUUUGUCACUGGACCACUAGUGGAGCGACCUGGUAGUGUGAGCCGAGAGCUCAUACACGUCUCCGACUGGCUGCCCACUCUAGUGAGUGUUGCUGGAGGAUCGACCAAUGGGACGAAGCCUUUAGAUGGGUUUAACGUAUGGGACACUAUCAGCAAAGGAAAAGCCUCUCCGAGACAGGAACUGUUACACAACAUCGAUCCUCUUUAUGUCGACAUUGCCUCAUGUCCAGGAAAAACUGCAGGAUCUGAACAAGAGCUGCUUGACUCGUUUAAUAAAGACGCGUUAAGAAGAAACUUGUUAAGGACGGGGUCUCCUUCUGUGCCACGCUUUAACGUCUCCAUGCAUGCUGCUAUUCGCUACAAGAACUGGAAGCUCCUGACUGGAUAUCCUGGUUGCCCUUUAUGGUUCCCUCGUCCAGAUGAGACGGGAGGUGGAGUCUCAGAUGAUAUUCCGCCCCUCAAGCAGGUGAUGCUGUUUGACAUCGAAGUUGAUCCUCAAGAGAGAAAUGAAAUUUCCCAUCAACACCCCAAAAUCGUGAAUUUCUUGCUAAAGAGAUUAGAGCAGCUGCAGGAGGGGGCACAGCCCAUCAACUUUCCCCCCGACGACCCCAACUGCGACCCCCAAUCCACCGGUGCCUGGGGGCCAUGGCAGUGACCUGUUACUACGACUAUUGUUAAUGUUUAAUAGAAUGAUAAUGAUAAUUAGCAUUAUUGGACGUUCUAUGACAAUCAUCUAAUAAUUAUAAUAAUCAUCAUCAUUACAUUAAACAAAAACAAAAAAAGUGUCAAAAAAGGGAUCUCAACCA